UUCAUUUAGUGUUGCGUGUGUUGAUUGGUCAACAGUACAUGUACGUGUCAAUGGAAAUGUAAACUUUAGCUUUAUCAAAACGGUUUGAGAUUUAAGGAUGGAGUUGUUUUAAUUAUUUUAUCCAAGUGGCGAUUACAGCUGUUGCAAUGGAGCAGAAUAUUCAGAAUCUCCCUAUUGACAUCCAGACUGGUAAACUCUUAGACUGGUUGGUGGACAGGAGACACUGCACGCUCAAAUGGCAAACUGCAGUUAUGGCUAUUAGAGAGAAAAUCAAUGCUGCCAUUCAGGAUAUGCCAGAAAAUGAGGAAAUCAAAGAACUGCUCUCUGGAUCAUAUAUUCAUUAUUUCCAUUGCUUACGAAUAAUCGAAAUUCUGAAACGAACAGAAGCAUCCACCAAAAAUAUUUUUGGCAGAUAUUCAUCACAAAGGAUGAAGGAUUGGCAAGAGAUAGUAUCCGACUAUGAAAAAGAGAGUGUCUAUUUAGCUGAAGUGGCCAGUCUUUUGGUUCGUAAUGUAAGUUAUGAAGGUCCGGCUUUAAGAAAGCAAGUAUCUAAAGCUCAGCAGCUACAGCAGGAACUGAGCCGGCGAGAACUGGAGUGUCAGAGCGGCGCUGCAGAUAUGAAGGACCGUUUUUAUGAGGCCUGUAAACAAUACGGUAUAAAGGGGGAAAACGUGGCAAGGGAGUUACAAGCACUUGUUAAAGAUCUGCCUGUGGUUUUAGAGAAAACUGGUAAAAAAGCAGCCUGCCUGGAAGAAGCUAUACAGUUUUACACAGCCUUUACUAACUUUGUCUCUGACUGGUCUGAGGAAGUUUUGCCUUUGUUGAGGUUUGUCCAGAAGAAAGGAAACACAACUGUGUAUGAAUGGAAAACAGGAAAUGUACCCACGGUUAUAGAGAGACCUGUGAUGGAGGAAGCCCCACCUGAUGUUGUCACAGAAGAGACAAUUGACUGGGGUGACAUUAACAGCGGUGCUGGGACGGAGGAGGUGAAUUUUGGGAUCACUGUUGAAGAUGGUGUGGACUGGGGCAUUAGUCUCGAGUCUGGCACUGAGGAAACUGGUGGUAUUGACUGGGGGGAUACAGAAUCUACCCCUGUGGAAAUCGAAGUUGUGGAUGUGGGCACAGACUGUCCUGAUGGUGUUGCCAGAGGUGAGGAUGCUCUGUCUCUUCUGGAAAACUCCCAGACUCGUGGCCAGUUUAUCGAUGAGCUGAUGGAGUUGGAAGUUUUCCUGUGUCAGCGACUGAGCGAGAUGAAUGAAGAAGGUGAUGUGGUGUCCAUGAGUCAGUUCCAGCUCGCCCCCUCAGUAAUCCAGGCUCAGACUCCGGAGCGAGUACAGGCCAUGCUGAGAGAGUUACGUGACCUGCUAAAUGAACUUACCUUACAACGAAUGCAGCACCUCUUUAUGAUCCAGGCAUCACCACGUUAUGUAGAGCGUGUGUCUGAAUUACUGCGACAGAAAAUUAAGCAGGCAGAUAUCUUACUGCUAAAGAGUAGGACGAUGGCCGAAAAACAGCAGGAGGCCCUUGAGGAACAGGCUAAGUUGGAGCCCCGCAUUGAUCUGAUGGCUGCCCGCACAAAGGAACUACAGAAACUGAUUGAAGCUGACAUCUCAAAACGAUACAACAACCGGCCCGUCAACCUCAUGGGUGUACAUGUGUGACCAAGAAGAGAUUGGGUCUCAUUCACCAAGCAUGCAUACGCACAAAUUUGUUUGUACAAUGUGCGUAAAGACGUUUUAACUUACAAAUCAUGAUUCAACAAAAACUUUUAUACUAAAAUGUAUUUGAAAUGUAUGCAAAUGUAUGUAAGAAAAACUUGGACCACAUGUACGAAAUAAUCAUGAACAAGAAAAAAGAACCCUAUAAUAUAUAUCUGUGUUAUAUAUUUUAUAUUUAUGUGGUCUAAGUUGUUCUUAUGUUUUUUGCAUACAUUUAAAAUACAUUUUAGUAUAAAAGUUUUUGUUGAAUCAUGAUUUUUAAGUUAAAACGUCUGCACAUUUUACGAAUAAAUUUGUGCGUACGCAUGCUUAGUGAAUGAGACCCAUUUACUUUUCCACAGAUCAUUUCAUUUAAAAAAUAAAUGUUUUUUUCUCAUUUAAA